UCCGCCGUCGCAUGAUUACGUAGCCUAGUGUAAGUGCAGUCGGAUUCUCUUAACACCGCGGUUGUCUUUUCCUAAAUCCUUAUGAAUUCUCCUUCACAUCUUUCCUUAACCUCAUGACGUUUUCCAUCGAGGUCAAUGAAAAGUGGUUAGGAAAAGACAUAGGACGUAAUUUUUUUGACUAUUCGGACGCAGCCCAAGUCCCCUGCGCAUGUCACGCCAACAUCGUCGCGUCCUAGUGACGUUUUGUGUUUUGCGGAUGAUGAGAAUGCAGAAGAAUAUAACACGCUGAAACAAAGCAUGGAUAUUGCGAUUUUACUUUGUUGAUGACCAGUUGGCUCUGUCACAGCUACGAUGAUCCCCAUUCCUGUUGUAGUGUGUGUUGUGGGCGGGUGGUGCGUGGUGUAUCUGACCGACACAUUGCUCAAGUCCUCCAGCCGUGUGAAGAUUGGUUACGAGAGCUGGCUGUCGUCCAAUGGGCUGGCCCUGUCCCCCUUCCACAUUCGCUGGCAAACAGGGCUCUUCAACUGGUUGUUUGCCAAGUGUGCGCGUCUCAACCCUCAUUUCCUGUUCCUGUGGUUUAGCACGGGAAUGGUUUUUGGAGUGGUGUUCAUGUUUGGGUCAGUGGUUUUGCUGACCCGCACACUGCUGCAGACUCUCGCCCAGAUGAUAUCUGAGAGCCCUGAGGGCUCCAACGAGCAGGUGCUCCAAGUUGUGGUACCUGGUGUGAACCUUCCCGUCAGUCAGCUGGCCUAUUUCUUCAUUGCUAUCCUGAUCAGCGGGGUCAUUCAUGAGUUUGGCCAUGGAGUGGCAGCACUUAGGGAACAGGUGAGACUCAAUGGUUUCGGGAUGUUCGUAUUUGUGAUCUACCCUGGGGCCUUCGUGGAUCUGUUUACCACACACCUGCAGCUCAUUUCCCCCAUCCAGCAGCUGCGCAUAUUCUGUGCAGGGGUGUGGCAUAACUUCAUGCUGUGUGUGGUCGCUUUGAGCUUCCUAUUGUUACUUCCUCUCAUCCUGUUCCCCCUGUACACCACUGGAGCCGGGGCGCUUGUCACAGAGGUGGUGGAGGGCUCGGCUGCCAGUGGGCCACGUGGCUUGUUUGUUGGUGACCUGGUCACCCAGCUGGAGGACUGCCAUGUUCACGGGGUGGAGGACUGGCACUCCUGCAUCGGAAAGCUGUCCCAGUCUGCGCAGACGGGUUACUGUGUUCACAGCAGCAGCCUUCAGCUCAGCCCAGCCACUGGACGAGUGUACAGGCGUCUGGAUGGUACGAUGGAGUGCUGCAGUAAUGGCAGUCUGACGGAUGUCUGCUUUUCCUACAGUAAUAACCUGGAGAGCAAGCUGUACGCCUGUCUGCCAGCCCGUAAGACUAUGGAGUCGAGCCGAACAUGCCGGUUGAAUGCCGACUGCCAAACAGACUUCACACCUAGCCUGUGUGUGGUGCCGUCCCUGGAGAAUCUGACCCGUUUGAUUCGUGUCCGCCACCCAUCCCAGCCCCACAUGCUGUUCCUGGGCUACCCCCCGCAUCUGCAGAUGGCUGGUUUCCCUCCUUUUGCAAAGAAAGAAAGUCAAGGCACCGCCACACAAUUUGUAUGGUACGUACGCUGAGAAGCAGAUACUGUAAACGCUCCACAUUCCCAAAAGGGUAUAAUGGCAUGAGUAAGCACUCAAAUGGCCAAAUGUGCCUGCAGUUGUAAAUAGUAAAAGUAUUAAAAUGAAAUCAAUAACUACGCAAAAUCAAAACAAAAACCAUGUAUACACUGAAAUGAAAAUAAGUGAAAAAAUUUAAUGUAAUCCAAAAAAAAAAAAAAAAUUCCUCCUCACUGCCCUGACCAGACGAAGUGUCAUUUUUAGGUUCGUCUGGAGGCAGAGGAUCGGAUGCUGCGCGCACAGGUUGUGCAGGUGGAACUAACUUGAUCUGACUCAUGUUACCACUAAUAACACAAAGUAUGGUCUGGACCUGAUUAGUUUAUAAAUUCCUUUCUUAAUCAUUAAUCAUUUGCUUUACAUAAACUUAAUCUUAGAUAUUGACGUUGGGGCCCGUUGCAGCUGGAGUUCGUCAUCACAGUUGAAUCUGGGAAGAGAUUGAAAGAGCGUCCUUGCAAUACAUUAGUAAUCCAUUAGUCACCCAUAACAUAAAAUUCUCCACCUUUCAGGCAGAGAUCUUCAGGUCAACUGUCAAGGUUUCAAAAAUAGAUAAGUUAGAAGUUCUGUUGCACAACACUCACAUUGGCAUCAAUCCUCUGUCUGCUGCAGAAUCACCUCCAUGUCCUCUCAGAGUGUCUUCUCAUCUGAGGAUGUGAUCGAUAAAGCAUCAUUACAUUACAUUACAGGCAUUUAGCAGACGCUCUUAUCCAGAGCGACUUACACAACUUUUACAUAGCAUUUUACAUUGUAUCCAUUUAUACAGCUGGAUAUACACUGAAGCAAUUCCGGUUAAGUACCUUGCUCAAGCGUACAACGGCAGUGUCCUUACCCGGGAAUCGAACCUGCAACCUUUUGGUUACAAGCCCAGUUCCUUACCCACUGUGCUACACUCCGUCCAGCAUAUUUAUAUUGCGUGACUUUAACUUAGGCAAUUAUCUAAGAAUGGAGCUAAAGCUAAAUUAAACUAUUGGGGAAUUAUGAACACCCUGGGCAAAACAAAUUAAGGUCCAGCAUCAUUUCUGAGAAGAAAAGAACAAAAAAAAGAAACAACUGCACGCCAGUUAGUUGCACGCUUUUUAACAUCUAAAUAAUCAAUAUAUAAGAACCAAUCUAUAAGAACAAUCCGGUUUACAUACAGGGAGUAAGAGUUAUGAACAGGCAGAAGUAGUUUAUUUCACAAUGCCAUAUUCCUUAAAAAUAUCUACUGUUUUCUUUACAGCUUCUUCUGCUUUGGGUUUACUAGGAUAUUGGGCUUUCGGAGGAGGGCUUGUUAUACAGUAUGUACAGGGACCAUAUCAAUCCCACUUAUCCUUUGCCCAAAACACAGUCAGGGCCAGGGAGCCACUGACAGGUAUACAUCUGAGCAGGGGAAUCACAUUCCUCAAUCAUUGCUUUUUGUUCUUCAUUCAUUGAAAUAUUUUACUAAAUCCAUGCAGUCUUGGUCUGAAAAUACACGUGGCAUUAUUCUUGACUUCAAAUGGAAAAUGAGAUACUCAGUGUUACCAACUUAGUUACCACAUCACCGGAUGUGGACAUUCAUAGUGAUUAACAUAACAUAACAUAACGUAAGAUGAGAAUAGGCCAAGGCCAUUCAGCCCAACACUGCUCGUCUAUUCUUGCCACUGAACUGUACUUAAUGCUUAGUUUACCUAAAAGCUAGAUAGUAUCUAACACUGUUUCAAGCCGGGCCUUGAAUACCCCCAGUGUUUCUGCCUCCACUACAUGUCCAGGCAAGCUAUUCCACACAUUGACCACUCUGUGUGAAAAAAUAUUUCCUAAUGUUUGUGUGAAAUUUACCCUUUGCCAGUUUCCAUUUAUCCCCCCUCGUUUUGCUAACCAAACUCAACUUGAAUAAUUUCCUGUAGUUCACUUUGUUAAUCCCUUUAAUAAAUUUAAAAGCCUCAAUCAAAUCUCCCCUAAGUCUCCUUUUACUAAGCUUGAAAAGUCUUACCCGGAAUCAAUUUGGUUGCCCGUCUUUGGACCUUUUCCAGCGCCUCUAUAUCUUUCUUGUAGUACGGUCCCCAGAACUGCACACAAUACUCUAAGUGUGGUCUGGACAAGCGUAUUUUAUAGGGUGAGUAUGAUCUCCUUAGAUUUAUGCUCAAUACUCCUGGCCAUGUAUCCCAGCAUCCUGUUGUUUUUUUUUUUUAGUGCUACAGCACAUUGACCAGACCCUGAUAGGCUUUGAUCGACUAUUACUCCCAAGUCUUUUUCUACAUGUGCACAUUCUAAUUUUGUACUACCCAUAAAGUAAUCCUGCCCUAUGUUUUUAUUCCCCACAUGUAGAACUUUACAUUUAGUUAUAUUGAAUUUCAUUUGCCAGGUUUCUGCCCACUUCUGGAUUCUGUUUAAAUCUUCUUGGAUUACUUUAGUAGAGUAAAUUUAAGUAAUUUUUCCAACAAUUGUGUACAGACAGAUUAUUUCACUUUUAAUUCACUAUAUCACAAUUCCAGUGGGUCAGAAGUUUACAUACAGUAAGUUGACUGUGCCUUUAAACAGCUUGGAAAAUUCCAGAAAUUGAUGUCAUGGCUUUAGAAACUUCUGAUAGGCUAAUUGACAUUAUUUGAGUCAAUUGGAGGUGUACCUGUGGAUGUAUUUUAAGGCCUACCUUCAAACUCAGUGCCUGUUUGCUUGACAUUACAUUACAGGCAUUUGGCAGACGCUCUUAUCCAGAGCAACGUACAACAAAGUGUAUAACCAUAACCAGGCACAAGUGUGUCGAAAACCCUAGAGAGAAGUACCGUUCCAAGUGCAGGGAACAACCGCAUAGUUCAGCUUGGA